AAGAUCAUGUCAAGUGCAUAAAUUUUCAAGUGAAAAUGUUUCACUUGGAUUACUCUCCUUGCCCUCCAUGACAAUGGAAGAGUAUCCACUAGAUGAGUGUUGUAGAAAUGCGGAUGCAGAUGCUAAGAUGGAUGUGCUAAAAUAGCGGAGUAGUGUUGUUAGGUAGAACGUGUAAUUACCUAUUUAGCAUGUCAUGAGUAUCUCAAACCCAGACAAUAAUUACCUAUUUAUUGUACAAGAGGUUUUUGAACCUAUUAUUUUUUUAUUUUAUUUUAAAAAGAAAAGAAAUAAAGAUUGGAAGUUUACCUAUAUAAAAAAGAAAUGCUCCAAAUGACCUCCCCUAGUUUUAAGUAAGAUUUCUGUUUUAUGACAAACAGAGAAAACUGACUAAAAUAUCUUCCCAUAUAUCACCAUCUUAUAGAAUCAAUCACUUUCCAUUCACAAUAAUACAAGUUAGCGCAACAACACUUGCUCCACAACUCGUAGAUAAGUACUUUUGACUACAGGAUUUUGACUAGCUUAUGAGGUUACUUCAAUAAAUCUACUAGAGAAUUCUACACUAAAAUAUAUUUGAAAGAACAAAAAAACUUGUUUAUUUGCAGUCAUGGCUCAGCCAUCUGAAAUUCUUUUCCUGCUUCCAUUUUUCCUCCUACCCUUAUUUUUUUUUCUCUUCAAAGUUUUCAAAUCAUCCAACAAAAUCCCACAACUUCCACCAGGACCAAUACCAUGGCCAGUCCUAGGAAACAUUUUUCAUAUGGGAAAAAUGCCUCACAUAAAUCUGACAAAUUAUGCAAAAACUUAUGGUCCCCUUAUGUCCCUAAAACUUGGAACUCAAUGGUUAGUUGUUGGAUCAUCACCUUCUGCAGCUAUAGAAAUCCUCAAAACCCAUGAUAGAAUCCUGUCUGGUAGACAUGUUCCAAAUGCUGCUCCAUCUAAAGGAUCAAAUCUUGACAAGACAUCAAUGGGCUGGACUUCUGAAUGUAACAAUGGAUGGAGAUACUUGAGGACUUUAUGCAGAACUGAGCUUUUCUCGGGCAAAGUAUUGGAGUCUCAAGCUUGUUUGAGGGAGAAAAAAGUGAUGGAAUUGGUAGAAUUCUUGAGGUUAAAAGAAGGUCAAGUGGUGAAUCUUGGAGAGCUAGUCUUUGCAACUGUGUUCAACAUGCUGAGUAAUGUUAUGAUGUCUAGAGAUAUGGUUAACUUGGAGAAAGAGAAAGAAGAUGGUGGGGUGAAGAGUCUUGUAAGGGGGGUUGUGGAUGUGGCCUCUGCUCCAAAUAUAUCUGAUUUUUAUCCAAUUUUUGGAAAAUUAGAUCUUCAAGGUCUGCGAAAAAAAUCUAAAGAUUUAGUCACAAAUAUUUGUUCCAAGUGGGAACCGAUUCUUCAAGAAAGAAGGAACAGUAUAGAAAGCGGUUCUUCUAGCCAACAAGAUUUCUUGGAAACUCUCCUUGAUAAUGGUUUUACCAAUGAUCGGAUCCACCAGCUAUUUAUGGAGUUAUUCUCUGCUGGUGCAGACACCAGUACCUCAACAAUCGAGUGGGCGAUGGCAGAACUGAUGAAAAAUGUAGAGUCAAUGAAGAAAGUUCAAGACGAACUCAAGAUAGAACUCGGUGAAAGUGAUUACCCAAAAGAAUCUCAAUUGCUGCGGUUGUCCUAUGUCCAAGCCUGUGUGAAUGAAACACUUAGGUUGCAUCCUCCAGCACCAUUGCUGCUUCCACAUCGUGCAAUCAAAACCUGCCAAGUGAUGAGUUACACAAUACCUAAAGACGCUCAAAUCUUUGUUAAUGUGUGGGCUAUCGCGAGGGAUCCUUCAAUAUGGGAAGAACCAGAGAUGUUUAGACCACAGAGGUUUCUAAGUUUCGAUAUGGACUUCAAAGGGAAUGACUUUGAGUUCUUACCUUUUGGUGCUGGAAGGAGAAUAUGCCCGGGCCUGCCUAUGGCUGCAAUAAAGAUUCCGUUAGUCCUUGCUUCACUUGUUCAUUUCUUUGAUUGGGAACUUCCUCAUGGAAAAUGUCCCGCUGAGCUAGAUAUGCAUGAAAAGUUUGGAGUGACACUGCAAAAGAAAGAACCGCUGCUUCUGAUUCCCAAGGCCAGAAAAUGAACACUGGAAUAUACUUGAAAAAUCUCUUAUCUGUGCUAUACCCCCCUGUGCAUUAGAUAUAUGUAUUUUUCGUCUUGUUGCAAUCUCGUGUGGUUAUAAACAUAAGAUCUUGUGGAGGAUUUUUCUUGCAUGUUCACUUUUAUGUGGAGCUUCACAGAAUCGUUUGCAUUGCUGAUGUAGAUCACUUUCAUGAGAAGUAAGGAAGUGUAUUUGUAUGUAAUAUUAAAGGUAUCGCCUUUUAUGAAGCCCAUUCUUUGCUA